CCGUUUCCCUCGCCACAGAGAAAACACAGGAGUUAAAACACAUUUGCCAACCCGGAGAAACAUUCCCUGCGAAUUCGAGAGGGAGGAGGGAUUCAGCGGCCCGGUAAUCAAUGGCUUCCGCUACUGCUUCCAUCUCGUCGCACUCGAUCGCCUUGCGCGAUCUCAAAGCCGCGAGGAUUGGAGCCGUGAGGCAGCAGGUGGCCGUGCCGGCAGCGGCGCCCAAGGGCCAGCGCGCGAGGGCGGUGCGCCCGCUGUGCGCGGCGGAGCCAUCGAGGAAGCCAGUGUCGGCCUCCGCGGCCUCCGCGCCGGUGGCGCCAGUCGAGGAGGAGGCAUCUGCUGCGGCGUCCGUGGACUACGAGGCCCUGGCGCUGGAGCUGGUGGACGCGUCGCCUCUGGAGAUCAUGGAUCGUGCGCUCGACAUGUUCGGCUCUGAAAUCGCCAUCGCCUUCAGCGGUGCCGAGGACGUGGCCUUGAUUGAAUACGCGAAGCUGACUGGACGCCCCUUCAGGGUGUUCAGCCUCGACACGGGGCGGCUGAACCCAGAGACAUACCAACUCUUCGACAAGGUGGAGAAGCACUACGGUAUCCACAUCGAGUACAUGUUCCCAGAGGCAAGCGAGGUGCAGGACCUUGUGAGGACCAAGGGCCUCUUCUCUUUCUACGAGGACGGACACCAGGAGUGCUGCAGGGUGAGGAAGGUUCGGCCAUUGAGGAGGGCCCUCAAGGGCCUCAAGGCCUGGAUCACCGGGCAGCGGAAGGACCAGUCCCCUGGCACCAGGGCGAGCAUCCCUGUUGUUCAGGUUGAUCCGUCAUUUGAAGGGCUGGAUGGUGGAGCUGGUAGCUUGAUCAAGUGGAACCCUGUGGCUAAUGUGGAUGGCAAGGAUAUCUGGACCUUCCUCAGGACCAUGGAUGUCCCUGUGAACACCCUGCAUGCUCAAGGCUACGUCUCCAUUGGGUGCGAGCCGUGCACCAGGCCCGUGUUGCCGGGGCAGCACGAGAGGGAAGGGAGGUGGUGGUGGGAGGACGCCACGGCCAAGGAGUGCGGUCUCCACAAGGGUAACAUCGACAAGGAAGGUCAGACACCCAAGGUCGGCGUCAACGGCAACGGCUCGGCUGAGGCCAGUGCCCCAGACAUCUUCCAGAGCCAGGCAAUCGUCAAUCUCACCCGUCCCGGGAUCGAGAACCUCCUGCGGCUCGAGAACCGCGCGGAACCGUGGCUCGCCGUCCUAUACGCUCCCUGGUGCCCGUACUGCCAGGCGAUGGAGGCGUCCUACGUUGAGCUGGCCGAGCAGCUGAGCGGCUCGGGCAUCAAGGUGGCCAAGUUCCGCGCGGACGGCGAGCAGAAGUCAUUCGCGCAGGCGGAGCUGCAGCUACAGAGCUUCCCGACGAUCCUCCUCUUCCCCGGCCGCACCGUGAAGCCCAUCAAGUACCCGUCCGAGAAGAGAGACGUACAGUCCCUCCUCGCCUUCGUGAACACCCUCAGAUGAGUGGUCAGACAACCGGAGAACCAUCGUUCUCUGCAUUGAUGUCUAGGCAUCAUUAUACAGUGGUAGCAAGAGAGGAUGGUUCAGAACAUCAACGGAAAUAUUGGAGACAAGAGGAGUGUGGGGAGGCAGAGACUGCGGCUGAAAGCCCCUCCCUUAUAAGGAGGUGGGGAUAUGUAUGUAGUUGUAGCUAGAUGAUUGUAAGGAAGUUCAAAUAAGAGUACUAGUUUUGAAAAA